AUGUCCUGCCCCACACACAGACCAGUCUCAGUGGAUCCCUCCUCGGGCUGCCCUUGCCCUCAGUCCUCUCCAGACUGGACCCUGACUCACAGACUGGACCCUGCGCCCAGACCGGACCCUGACUCCCCAGACUGGACCCUGCUCCCAGACUGGACCCUGCUCCCAGACUGGACCCUGCUCCCAGACUGGACCCUGACUCCCAGACUGGACCCUGCGCCCAGACUGGACCCUGACUCCCAGACUGGACCCUGCUCCCAGACUGGACCCUGA